AUGCUACUGCUCAAGCUGGUCUUCCUGGUUCUUCUGAUCAGGAGGGGGAAGUCGGUGUGCCGGCUGCAGGUGAGAGCACAACCACCUGAGCUGACGAAGGCUGGCGACUUCAUCUUAGGAGGCAUUUUCACCUUUCGUACUGGCUUCAGGGGCAGCGUGUCCACUUUUCAAACCUUGCCUGAUCCUCAAACAUGCCUGAACAUAAAUGUAAGAGAGUUCAAAUUUGCCCAGACCAUGAUCUUUGCAAUUGAGGAAAUAAAUCAAAAUCCUGCUAUUCUACCCAACCACACACUGGGCUACAAGAUAUUUAAUUCAUGUGGAAUGACAAACAUCAUUAAGUCUGCUAUAGAUUCAGCCAAUGGGCAGAGGGAGAUCAUAGAUGAGAGGAACUGUACAAAGGCAGACACUGUGCAGGCUGUAUUAGGCCACUCUGGCUCUGCACCUACAAUGGGAUUUGCUCGGAUUUUAGGAAGGUUCCAGAUACCAGUGCUUAGCCACUUUGCAACCUGUGCUUGUCUGAGCAACAGAGAGGAGUUUCCAUCAUUCUUCCGAACUAUUCCCAGCGAUCUCCACCAGAGCAGAGCCCUGGCAAAGCUUGUCAAGCACUUUGGCUGGACCUGGGUGGGGGCGAUUAGCAACAAAAACUCUUAUGGUAUUGACGGGAUCACCACAUUUAUAGAAGCUGCAAAGGAAGAGGGGGUGUGCGUUGAGUAUUACCACACAUUUGGGCAAGAAGGUUCUCUUCAUGAGUUAAAAACAGUAGUUGAAACUGUGAAGUACUCCACCUCUAAAGUCAUCAUGGCCUUCAUGUCCCACAGAGAAAUGAAGUUGCUGGUGGAAGAGCUGUACAAACAGAACAUCACAGGACUGCAGUGGGUUGGCAGUGACGCCUGGAUCACUGAUCAGUCUUUGACUGACAGUGAGGGACACAGCAUCCUGGUGGGCUCCCUGGGCUUUGUUGUCAGCCGAGCUAAGAUCCCCGGGUUGGAGCAGCACCUGAGGCAGCUCCACCCCUCGCAGUUCCCCGACAGUCAGUUUGUCAGAGAUUUCUGGGAAGAUAUGUUCGACUGUGCUCUGAACGGUUCCAACACACAGAGAAAGCCAUGCCGUGGCUCUGAGAGCUUGCAGAAUGUCAAAUCAUAUUUCACAGAUGUUUCCAAGCUAAGGUUCAGCAAUAAUGUGUACAAGUCUGUUUACGCAGUGGCUCAUGCUCUCAACAACCUGGUCACAUGCGAGGAGGGGAACGGCCCCUUCGCAAAUGGGAGCUGUGCCAAUACUGAAUACAUUCAACCAUGGCAGGUUCUACAUCAUUUGCAGAAUAUCAACUUCACAACAGGUCAGGGGGAAAGAGUGACCUUUGACCGGAAUGGAGACUCACCUGCAAGAUAUGAACUCAUAAAUGUACAACGUGUUACCUCGGAGACAAUGCAUGUCGCCACAGUUGGUGUUUUUGAUGUUACUCUUCCACAUGGGCAUCAGUUUAUUAUGAACGGCAUGGAGAUAGUGUGGGGAGGAGGAAGUCCCAUGGUGCCUGUCUCAGUGUGCAGUGAGAGCUGUCCCCCAGGAAAACGCAAAGUCCUGCAGAAAAGAAAACCUGUUUGCUGUUAUGACUGUAUACCAUGUGGAGAAGGAGAAAUCAGCAACAUUACAGAUUCUUUUGAGUGCCUCAAAUGUCCCAUUUAUUACUGGCCAAACACCAGAGGAGACACAUGCAUCCUGAAGGAGACUGAAUUUUUGUCUUAUGCAGAGAUUAUGGGGAUAAUUUUAACAUUCUUUUGUUUGGUCGGGGUGAUUUUGACAGCUGUGAUAACAUCAGUGUUUUUUCACUUUCGAGACACUCCUGUUGUCAGGGCCAACAACUCUGAGCUGAGCUUCCUGCUGCUCUUCUCCUUGAGUCUGUGUUUCCUGUGUUCUCUGACCUUCAUCGGCCGGCCCUCUGAGUGGUCCUGCAUGCUGCGACACACAGCAUUCGGCAUCACCUUUGUUCUCUGUAUCUCUUGUGUCAUGGGGAAAACAAUAGUGGUGUUAAUGGCCUUCAGGGCCACACUCCCAGGUAGUGAUGUGAUGAAAUGGUUUGGGCCUGCACAGCAGAAACUCAGUGUUCUGGGUUUCACUCUUAUACAAGUUAUCACAUGUAUCCUCUGGUUAACAAUUUCUCCUCCUUUUCCCUUUAAGAAUUUUAAAACAUUCAAGGAUAAAAUCAUCUUAGAGUGUGCUCUGGGCUCAGCUGUAGGCUUUUGGGCUGUACUUGGGUACAUAGGACUUUUGGCCAUAUUAUGUUCUAUUCUUGCUUUUCAGGCUCGCAAACUGCCUGAUAAUUUCAAUGAGGCCAAAUUUAUCACCUUUAGCAUGUUGAUAUUCUGCGCUGUAUGGAUCACUUUUAUCCCAGCGUAUGUCAGCUCUCCUGGGAAGUUCACUGUAGCUGUGGAGAUAUUUGCUAUUUUAGCCUCCAGUUAUGGACUUCUCUUCUGCAUUUUUAUCCCCAAAUGUUAUAUUAUUCUGCUGAGGCCAGAACUAAAUACCAAAAAGCAUAUAAUGAGUAAAACAAAAGAUAUAUAUCAUUAA